UGCCCGAAUCGAUUCACAAUAGCUUCUUCAUGUCAAUCGGUACCGUCAUUCGAACAGAGGGUAGAGAUAUGGAAGGGGAAGAUAUUAUGCGAAGAUUAACACAAGAACCAAACAGUCUACGCAUUUUGCAAAUGGAAAGAAUGAAAAAUCGAACAAGAGAACUUAGUUGAAUGUACACAGUAGGUGAUUGGAAUGACAUAUUUGAGGAAAUGACAGAGAAGACCCAAAAAGCCUUGCAAUCAAAGCGCCUGCGCUUGUGCUAGGACAGAGAAAGAAGUGGGAUCUAAAGACAUGAGCGAAAUCGAGGAGAACUUGAAUAUAAAAAAAAGUCAUCGAGUCGAAAUGAUCAGCGAUAUGAGCCCUUUGGUGACAUAUUGGCCCUUUGAUACCAGUACAAAGGCAUUUUCAUUGUUUACUACUACUACCGCCACCAAAAUAUUGGCGCAUUUGAUGUUCCAAAUUUUCUUUUGUCUUCUUGGCGUAAUCAUCAUCAGCAUCUUUCACUCCUGGCCAUUGUGUUCUAGCAGCAUGUGCGUGAGCUCCGCGUACUUCCGGAAUUUGAGAGUUAAUGGCACCAUGAACAUGAUUAGUAAAUUUACCACUAGCUUCAAUUGCUUUUGCCUCACUUUCACGAAUGGUUUUAUCAGAAUGAGGAGGUUUAUCAGUAGCAGAUGCGAAACCCACAAAGAUGGCAAAGAGGACGAUCAAGUUUUUGCUGAAAAACAUAUUGUUAGCUUUGGAAGAGUGAUUGUUUGUUCUAAUUUUGGGUUCAGAC